AUGGCAAAUGUAAAUAAUCCACUGAAUUCGGCUCCUGCAACUUCCUCUACUAGUGCCAUAUAUAACUGGGCUGCGUCAUCAAAACUCAAUGAACUCGAGACAGCAAAAACCCGAAGAGUAGCGCAAAUGUCUCCAACGGCAUCAUCAUCUAACGAUCCUCCACAGACUUCACUUGGUGGCUUACCGACCAGAAUGCACACGAAUUCUGCUAGUUCACCGAACAUUGCAAUGCAGCAGCCAGCACUUUCUAGUGACACAGAUGCAAAUGAAGGCCAGAGUUCUGUUAAAAAAAUCAUACAUGAAACGAUGAUGUCAAAUCAGCUUGGUGGUGGUAUCAUGGGCAUCAAUAAUGGCGAAUGA